UACUAUACCAUCUUGAAAGGGCGAAAUUGUGACUGGGAUUGCUAUUGCAGAAGAGAUAUUCCAAAUUAUGCUGCUAUGAUUUUUUGCUCUUUCAGCUUGCCUUAUUUGCUAUUAAUUUAGACCUCAAUUUUCAGAAAGAAUCAUGUUACACGCCAUGAAACUCUUUAUUGUUAUCAUUCUUACAGGCCUCAGCAGUGAAGACGCCCCGGAGGUGCUAUCACAACUAGACGGCAUCCAACCCGCCUGCCAUCACUGUAUACCCUGGCCCUAUGGCACCCUAUGGUAUUUCGGCACCAUCUAUCACCCUGAUCCAUCCGAAAUGAAGAAGAAGGAUUUCUUUUUUUAUUUUGAAUACUGUCCUAAACGCGCGGACAUGCUCAACGAAUGUGCUUCCAAUCGCUUUGCAUGGGAGACGAUGUGCUGGAUCUCCUAUCAAGACAUAGAAAAUGGAUGCAAGUCGGACUUUUAUCCCAAACGGUCCUGCUCCUGCGAGAUGGCUCACCCCCCUCGCUUCCAAGGAUACCUUCCAGAAGAGCUUUAUCUAAAGCCUUUUGCGCUGAACUAUUCAGUAAGGCUACGAUACGGCGCCUGGUACCCCACAGACCACUCGUGGGAUAUGAGGAAAACGAUCAAAAUACAGGAUUUGAUAGCCCUCGGGUAUAUCAUUGUGAUUCCUAAAGAACGAUGGCUAAGUUCUUCGAAUUUUGCUGCAGUGAAAAGCUCAGAUUCUGUUCUGGUGUUGGCUGCAGCAGUUAUGGCCCUUGUUCUACCUACAUGUUACCGUGUGGUUGGAGAGUGAAGCAGCUGUCGUCUGUCGCGGAACAUACCUGGGCCAGACCACAUAUAUACACGUCUUACAGUUGAUUAAGGGAGAGUGAAGGAGUGUGUUUGUGUGUGUGUGUGUGAGUGUGAGUGUGAGACAGAGAGAGAGCAUGCGUGUGUGUGUGUGUGAGAGAGAGAGAGACAGAAAGAGUGAGAGAGAGCAUGCGUGUGUGUGUGUGUUUGUGUGCGUAUGUGUGUGUUUGUGCGUGUGUUUGUGUUUGUUUAUGUAUGUGUGUGUUUAUCUGUGUGUGUGCGUGCGUGUAUGUGCAAUGGUGUCACUAGGUCAGACGUCUCCCAGUGCUGCUACUUGUGUCGUCGUCCCCCCCCCCUCACUCCCUUUCCCCCUGUCGCUAGCCCAUUGGCGGUGUAUUCAUAUUUACUUUACUAUAGCGCACAUAGAAAGGUUUAUUUUUCCAAUUAAAUGGAUUUCUUUUCACUUUGGUGUCAUCCCUUUGACUGCAGUCAGCACCCCCUCCCGCCCUCGUUGCUGUGUGUAAAAACGUUAACAUAAAAAAAUAGACCACAUAGACUGUUAAGUAAAAAAACCUACUACACCCAUUAAAAACUGAAUUAAUAAGUGUAUAGCUUUUGACGGGCAAAUAUUUUGUACAUUAACUUAAUAUGAACAUCGACAGGAUAGAACAACAAAUAUAAGAUCUAAAAAAAAAGCUACAUAUACAUUAUACACGCACAGAAUGAGUCGACCCAUUUCGGGUUAUAUGGCACUCAGUAAAGAAACUACUUAUAGUCAACAACUAAGCGUUUACCAUUGAUUUCGUAAACACAUUUAUCGAUUGUUAGCUCUAAAUUAUUUAAAAUAAUUUUGUGUUCGAAUGGUCGUGUCUCCAACACAAAAAAAGAUAAUCUGUUGUCUAUUUUCGACAAUAAAUCACAUA